UGUUUACUCUUUCUAUGUUAUUACAUGUUUCAGUGUGGAGACCGUCCCGAGCUAUCAAAACUUGGUCACUGUUUCUACCGGCGAGUAGCCUGCAUGCAGGGAGGGAGGCCUUGGUAGGCCUCUUCGCGAUAGUUGGGAUGAUGAUGGCACAGGCCUCUCGUUCACAACGUGAAAUGUGUUGGUGGUGUGUGGAGGGUCUACACCCCUAAUCCCGUGUUUACCUAGCAGCAUCGAUGUUUGUCCUGGAUACUGACUAUUGUGCACUGACGCUCCACCACGUUACCUCAGUACAAAAGAGUUUUCGAGGAAGGGGGGAUGACGAAGGAAACCUACCGUUACAUGAAGGUGAGGAUUAUAACGGUAGGCCUCACCGAGCAGCAACAUUAUUUUAAGAACUGAGAAACCAGUUGUUAAGGGUCACUGUAAUAAUUGCAAUGCUACCCUGGGGGCAGGUUUAGGCCUUCACAGACUGGUUUUUGUCUCUCGCCGUUAUAAGCAUUACCUCUAUGGAAACAGUAACAACAACGGCUACUGGUAUUGUCGGGUGAGGAUGCCGACCAUCAUGACUGAGUGAGGAGGACUUCCCCCAAACAAGACAGUUAUAGUCUUAUACGUUGCAGUGAGCUAUAUAUUUAGUGGACGACAUUGGAACUGUACUUCAGACUCGGUGAAAACAUAUUGCAUAAUUUAUAUGGACACCUCUUUUAACAAUGCACUCUGCGUUGAAGUGGUUAUGGUGAUGCUGUUUUGACUGGUACAGACACACUGAUGGUGUGAUAAACGUAUGUUUUGCCGAAAUUGCUCAUCAGGAUAUUAAGCGUACCAAAACACCAUGGAUAUGAAUGGAACCAGUGCACCACCAGCCGAGAUGGAGGGUGGCCGGACGGUAGCUGAGAAUGCCAUCAUCGGCAUCGUGCUCUAUGCAAUCGUGAUAUGCUCCAUCGUGGGAAACAUUCUCGUCAUCGUGGCCGUUCUAAGUAUUCGUAGAUUACGAUCGUCCAUUACGAAUUACUUCAUCGUGUCCCUGGCCGUAGCUGAUCUGAUGGUAUCAGUGUUGGUCAUGCCGUUCAACGCUUCGUUUGAGAUUCUCGGCUACUGGCCGUUCGGACUGGCCUUCUGCGACAUCUACCAGGCCGCUGAUAUUCUCUCGGCAACGGCGAGUAUUUUGAACUUGUGUGUCAUAUCAUUAGACCGUUUCAUGGCCAUAACGUCUCCGUUUACAUACUACUCGCGGAUGAACAAUCGCACCGCGGCCUUACUCAUUACAACAGCUUGGGUUGUGUCUUUCCUCAUCAGCGUCUUACCCGUCACCUUGAACCUCCACGAAGAUGAAGAACUUGUCAAUAUAGGCUGGUACACCGAUCCGGAAUUCUGCGUCCUCGCCAUGAACUCAACCUAUGCAUUGAUUUCAUCCCUGAUCUCGUUCUACAUUCCAUGUGUGGUUAUACUGUUCACGUACGCCCGGAUUUACGUCGUGGCACGGCGGCAGGCAAGGCAGAUCGCCGCGUACGACUUCUCGGCAAACCGGACCAAGCAGGACGGGGGCACCGCGAGUCACAGACGCAUGGCCCGGGAGCGUAAAGCCGCAAAGACCCUGGCCAUCAUCGUGGGCGUUUUUAUUCUUUGCUGGCUUCCAUUCUUCGUGGCGAACAUCAUCGACCCUUACUGCGGCCACUGCAUCCCUCCCGUGCUCUUCGGUAUAUUCGUGUGGCUCGGCUACAUCAACAGUUUCCUCAACCCGUUUAUUUAUGCACAGAAUAAAACCUUCCGCAACGCCUUUAAGAGCCUCCUCUUCUGUUACAGAUGUAGAGGCAUAAACGCCAGGGAUUUUGAAACGAGCGACGUCGACGACAGGACGGCUCACCAGGUAUCGAGGAUCCGAGCUUCGCCGAGGCCUGAGCCCAAAACUGCCCGUAAGAGUGUGUCCGACACGUCCGGUGUCUACGCCGUAACAAACGGGGCUUACACGGCUACGGACGUGGUUGAGUUGCCCGCUAAAGAACCAAAAAAUUCACCGGCCAAUGAGCAAGCUGAAAGUCCGGUGGGUAGUUCACAUGAGAACAGUAAACCUGUGGAAAUUCAACCUGUGGACAGUCCCCAUGUGGACGGUGCAUCUGUGGACAGUCCCUCUGUAGACAGUCCACCAACCGACAAACUUCCGACCGUGGAAAAACUUUCAACCGUAGAAAAGAUUCCACCACAAAAUGCAUCACCGCAGCGUGACUCGAAUUCAAAUAUACAAGUAUGAAAUAAUCAGUGCACCACUAUUGUAAUAACACAUUGUUACAUAUUAUUGUAAAGUAAUGUAUAAUAUUUAAGCUUUUUCAACACGCACAUAUCUUCCUGUAAACAAAAACUGUCACCGAAAAGUAUUUCCCUACGACUUUCACUUUUAAAGUAUUCGUUUCAUGAAGUAAACAGAGUGUGUAUAUAUAUCUGCUUGAUAGUGUUUGUGACAAUUGAAAUGUUUAUCUCCCAGUCACAUUGUUUGGGAAAACGGCCGUGGAGAUUAUUUUACAAACUGUUAAGAAAGCACCCGAGGUGAAUACACACGUUCUUAUGAGAACAUUGUGCAAACAAUUUAAAUGAAUAAUGUAAGCUAGUUUACAUUGGGUCCCCACCCCACAACAACAUACCCCUUCCAAAAGAGUGUGGUAAGCCUAUGAGCCUACAACUAAUUUACCACUCAAUACAUUGAGGUGGAUAAAGGAAUAGCAUGUACAAAAAGGUGCAACAUUCUGGCAACCAACCCAGUAACAAAGUGUGAAGAAAAACAAGAAAAAACGUCGCCCAAAAAGUCACACUUCUUGUAAAUUCAAAAGCAGAAGUUCAGUUAAAGGCAGUGGACACUAUUGGUAAUUGUCAAAGACUAGCCUUCACAGUUGGUGUAUCUCAACAUAUGCAUAAAAUAACUAACCUGUGAAAAUUUGAGCUCAAUCGGUCUUUGAACUUGCGAGGUAGAGUAAUAGUAGUGAAAGAAAAAAACACCCAUGUCAC